CCGAAGCCAGCGACCCGGAGCCAUGUCGCAGCAGCUGCCCCGAAGACUAGAGUCGGAAGCCGUGGGGAAGAUACCGAUCCUGGGUCUGGGUACCUGGAAGGCUGCUCCAGGAGAAGUGACAGAGGCAGUGAAAGUGGCAAUAGAUGCGGGAUAUCGGCACUUUGACUGCGCUUACUUGUACAAUAAUGAGAACGAUGUUGGAACAGGGAUCCAGCAGAAGAUAAAGGAGGGCGUGGUGAGAAGGGAGGACCUGUUUAUUGUCAGCAAGCUAUGGUGUACCUACCACAAGAAGGCCUUGGUGAAAACAGCAUGCUACAAGAGUCUAAAAGCCUUGAAGUUGGAUUACUUGGACCUCUACCUCAUACACUGGCCUAUGGGUUUCAAGCCUGGGGAAAAAGACUUGCCUUUAGAUCGCAAUGGCAUGGUAAUACCCAGUGAAACGGACUACCUGGAAACGUGGGAGGCUAUGGAGGACCUGGUGAUUGCAGGGCUGGUGAAAUACAUCGGGGUGUCAAACUUUAACCACGAACAGCUUGAAAGACUUUUAGAUAAGCCCGAUUUGAGAAUCAAGCCAAUAACUAACCAGAUUGAAUGCCACCCAUAUCUUACUCAGAGGAAUCUGAUUCGUUUUUGUCAAUCCAGAGAUGUCUCCGUGACUGCUUACCGUCCUCUUGGUGGUUCGUGCGAGGGGGUCGACUUGAUGGAUGAUCCUGUGAUUAAGACGAUUGCACAGAAGCACAACAAGUCUCCAGCUCAGAUUUUGAUCCGAUUUCAGAUCCAAAGGGGCGUGAUAGUGAUUCCGAAAUCUGUCAAUCCGAAGCGGAUUCAAGAGAAUAUCCAGGUGUUUGAUUUUGAAUUAGCAGAACAAGAAGUAGAUGAACUCCUCUGCCUAGACAGGGAUUUCCGAAUGGCCAGAUUCCCCAUAGCUGAAAAUCACAAAGACUACCCUUUCAAUAUAGAAUACUAAGAGUAGCUUCCCUCAUCCUCAUUGCCUGCUCAGCCCAGAAAAAUUGUUAUUUUUGGCAACGUUGACCCUUCUGAAAACGUUCUCGUCUGCCCUGUGUCUGCUGAGGGCACUGUGGUCACAGUGACAGAGGCAGCUUUGGCUUGCGAUGAGCAGAGUUUGAUUUCAGUGGAUUUCUGCCUGAAACUGAAGCCUUGUUCUCUGAGAAAUCUGAAGGAUUCAGUGUGGUCUUGGUGAUUACUAUGGGUUCCUCUGCCGAAAAUUGUUAAUAAGCGUGUGUGUUGCAGGUGUCUUUCUAAAAAGAAUAAAGCAUAUUUAUCUAAAUUUAUUUAAUUUUCUGGAAUUAUUAUUCCCAAAUAAUGUUUCCUCUCUCCAUUGCAGUAUCCAUACUAUUCUUAUGACUCUAUUGAGUACAUAGUGUGUUAGAAUUUUUACAAAACACGCUAUAUGGCUUCUACGUUCUAAGAAAGGAAGGAUAUUUGAUAACUCAUGAAUUAUUUACCUGCACGUUUUAAAAAACAUUGUAUUAGGGAAAUAUUUAAGUGUAUAUAAGAGUUGAGAAGAUAGUAUAUUGACUCUCUAUUGCCGUUACUCAGCUUCAACAGCUUCAACAAUUAUCAGCCAUGGCCAGUCUUCCUUUUCUAUACUACCCUCUACUCCCUACCAACCCUAGAUUAUUUUGAAGCAAAAUCCAUACCUUUGCACAUUGAAAGGAAAAUUGGGUGAAACAGGGAAGCUAUAUCAAUUCAAGAGAGGCUUUUGUUCUUAUUUAAAAUCCUAAUUUUUAACUCCUAUUUUUUAAAUAAAGUCUUCUGGUAAAUCAGAUUAUACCUGUGGAAACCCCAAAUCAAAGAUGAAAUAUGGAUCAUAUUUCCCCCUCACACGCUCACUGUUUAGCCUGGUCAAACUCACUGUGUUGGAAAGCAGAUGUGAAUCUUGGUGACUUAUCAAGGGCAGAGAUGGGAUAUUCACUUCUAGGCUUGUUUAGUGCAGUAUGCUAGUUCAUUGGUGCACACUAUUCCCAAUAUGGCCCAUAGAUUCCCAGCCUCCUGGGGAUUUGUGGUCACUGUCUAGCCAUCUCUGCUCAGCAUAUUUGGCCUAGUUCUGUGCCCUUAAUUUCAUACAGAAUCUGCAGGGAUUUAGCUUUUUUUUUGACUCACUGGUUAUUUUAGCCAAUCUCCUUCUAGGACUUUGGCCCCUAUCCAAAGGGAGUUAAGCUAGAAGAAAAUCUGGGUGUCUGUGCCCAUUGUUCUCCCAUAUUAUUGCACUGUAUGAACCUCUCAGAGCUCCUUCCCCAUCUGACAGAACGCUUGGAGAAGGGACAGGGUUAAGAAAUUCUUUUCAAUGGUGGCUGAAAGAGUUUAGCUUGGGGGCAGUUAGGCUCAAUGUCAUCAGGUGGUCCAGCGGGGUUAGGAGUGUGGGUUCUGUAGUCAAAAGGCCUGGGCUUGAAUUUCAGCCUCUUUCUAGCUGUUAAGAUUACCUAACCUUACAGUGUCUCAAUUUCCUUAUUUGUUAAAUGGAGACAAUAAUAGUACUUCACAAGGUUGUUGAUAACAGUGUCUGGCCUAUAAGGCUCAAUAAGAAUUAGCUCUUAUCAUUUCUAUUAUCGUUAUCUUCUUGUUCCCCAAUUCCUCAUGCAAAUAGAAUUUCAGUAGAUAAUGUCUGCCUUCCUGUCCCAGCCUCCCAAAUGUACCUGGGCACGUGUGAAUCUUGUGGGGCUUAGGUCUUGGCUCUGGGACCCCUGGUUUAUAUAUACUCCACCUAAUCUUUGCCCAAGAGAGGUGUUUGCCACAUGUGUCACCAAAACUAAAAGACAUUUGUUAGGGAUGGAAAAAAAAAGAAAGCCCAGUUCUCCCUGUGAUGUUAAUUAUAGUAUGGGUGGAGUUAGGAAGGGGGUGUCCAAGGAGGGCAUCCAAAAGCUCCAAUGAGAGGCUUAAUAAGGAAACUGUCUAUAAUGGACCAAUGGAAGCAUCCAGAGUGUGAAAGUACUCCCUUGAGGGUCUCCUACCACCUGCAUAAUAACUGUCAGUUUCUGACCCUGCCCCAGCCCCACUGCCAGGGACUUCUUUAAUUUUUCUGCAUUCAUUCCUUCUUAUCAUUGAUUAGUUAUGGACUGCAAAUUUCCCUCUCUCUCUCGCAUCUUGCUGUUUUCAUUUAUAAAAAUGCGUUGGACAUCUUUCCACGCUAGCAUGUAAUAAUCCACCUCAUUAUUUUUAACAGCUGUGUUGUUUUCUAUCGUAUGGCUCUAUUGGAUUUUAUUUUCACCAUUUGGCUUUAGGAGGGGCUGGGUGGUGGUUUUCAGGGAUUUUGCUGUUGCAAACAAAACUCCAAUGCACUUUGCCUGGUUCUUAAAAGCACCUAAUGAGCUCUGCACAUGAUUUCCCCACAGGGCGAUAGGGUUGUGCCCAGGGUCUUGGGAAAUAACCUUUGGGAUGGGGGGAUGGCAGUGCUUGAGCCCUUAGUGCUGCUUAGUGGCUUCGUACUAGGGAUGUGUGACUUUGCCUGCUUUGGGGAAGUCGUUUACUUAAUCACUUAAACCUUCCCUUUUUUUGGUUAGUAUCUCUCUAGGGCUGUUAAGAUUACAUAAUGAAAUGCAUGUAAAGCACUGAACACAAUGAUCGGCAUGUAGUACUCCUUCUCUUCCUGUGUGUGUUUUUCUCUUCUUUAUUUUCCACACAGAGUCACAGAUCUAACCUUACCAUUUGCAUAUGUCCCUGGUCACUUAUACCCAAAUCGUCAGGGAUCCUUUUUUUCUUAAGCCUAAUUAACAUGAUGUUACUCUUGCCCUCUUCAAAGGGGAGAUUAUCUCAUAUCAAUAAUAUGGUAUUGGGACACCAGAGGGUCAGAACCCACAGUAGUACUCGGGCUGGGUUUUCAAUCAAUGAAAAUCCUUUAAUCCCUGCUUUCCUGACUCAGAUGAGGGUUGGGUGUCUCCAGCCUUCAUCUCGUCCAGGUUCCUUACAUGGACCCCAGCUUUUAAGUCUUUUGUGUAGACUGUUUCUUACUCUACCCUUUCAGUAUAUCUAUGUCAUUAUGGCUUGUGCAACAUCAUGUAAACGGAGAAAAGAUUGAAGUUGUCAAGGAUUUUAUUUUACUUGGAUACACAAAACCCAAGGAGCAAAAAAAAAAAACAAAAAAACCAAACCUGUUGCUGUCGAGUCGAUUCUGACUCAUAGCGACCCUAUAGGACAGAGUAGAACUGCCCCCAUAGAAUUUCCAAGGAGUGCCUGGUGGAUUUGAACUGCUGACCUUUUGGUUAGCAGCCAUAGCUCUUAACCACUACGCCAGCAGGGUUUCCAAAGCCCAUGGAAGCAGCGAUCGAAUCAAAAGAUGUCUUGCACUGGGCAAAUCUGCUGCAAAAGAUCUCUUUAAAAUAUUAAAAAACAAAGAUGUCACCUUGGAGACGAAGGUACGCCUGACCCAAGCCAUGAUGUUUUCAAUCGCCUUAUCAGCUAAACAGUGAAUACAGAAGACUGCAGAAUUGAUGCCUUUGAAUUGUAGUGUUUGCGAAGAAUAUUGAAUAUACUGUGGACUUCCAGAAGAACGAACAAAUCUGUCUUGGAAGAAGUACAACCAGAAUGCUUCUUGGAAGUAAGGAUUGUGAGACUACAUCUCACAUACUUUGGACAUGUUAUCAGGAGGGAUCAGUCCCUGGGGAAGAUCAUCAUGCUUGGUAGGCGGUCAGUAAAAACGAGGAAGACCCUUAAGAAGAUGGAUUGACACAGUGGCUGCAACAGGUGGGCUCAAGCAUAACAAUGAUUGUGAGAAUGGGGCAGGACUGGGCAGUGUUCUGUUGUGUUGUACAUGGGAUCGCUAUGAGUUGGAACCAACUUGAUGGCACCUAACAACAACAACAUGGGUUGUGUACUUUAUUUAUACCAUGUCUGCUAUUCUUUUCCAGGGCUCUGGUUUCUGUCUGAAGAGAUUGGCAUUGGCUAUAAUGGUCUCCUCUAUCCCUAGCAAUGUUCCCUGACAACAGUUUUGUGCACAGACUCUUCUUCGUUUGCACAGCUUUCACAAUUUUUAAUACCUUAAAAACAAAAACAAAAACGCAUUGCUGUCGAAUCGAUUCCAACUCACAGUGACCCCAUAGGACAGAGUAGAACUGCCCCGUAGAGUUUCCGAGGAGCUGGUGGAUUCAGACUGCUGACCUUUUUGUUAGCAGCCGAGCUUUUAACCACUGUGCUACCAGGGCUCCUUAAGAGGAUCAAAAUAUAGGCUAUUAAUGCUAGGGAGACAUGAGUGGUAAGAGAAAGAGCAUUGAAAUUUUUAAAUAACAUGAAUAUACAUGAUUCCAUGACUGGGGACCUCUGGUUCUCCCUUUCUGUUGUUAUUGUUUUUGUUGUUAGGUCCUGUGGAGUUGGUUCCGACUCAUAGCAACCCUAUGCACAACAGAAUGAAACAUUGCCUGGUCCUGCGCCAUCCUCACAAUCAUCGCUCUGCUUGAGCCCAUUGUUGUAGCCACUGUGUCAAUCCAUCUUGUUGAAGGUCUUCCUCUUUUGGGGGCAUAUAAUUGCUGCCACGGAUACCACCGAGCAACAGCUGUCUGACACCUUACUCUUUUUGUUCUUUUUCUUUGAUUUUCUUUUAUCUUCAUUAAAGAACAUUAAUGGUCUCCAAGUGGUUGGACUUGCAUGAACUUGCUUACUUACUCUUUCUUUCGGCCACCCCCACCCCCUUUUUCUUCAUUCUGAGUAGUCUUAGAGAGACAGUAUCGAAGCCAAAUGGGCCAAAUUCUCUCUCUGUCCUUACCCUACAGUAACCAAGAACCAACCUGACAAGACGAGGCUUGGCCAGAGGAACACUUCCAUUGGGCUUUAUGUCUACAGCAAGUGGGACAAAGUUGGAUUCUAACUGUGCUUGUGGCGGUGGAGGUGUCCAGUGGGAGCAGCAGCAUUCUGACAUGAUUUCCUGCUAAAAGAUGUUUUUUGGGCUUCCUGCCUCUGAGACUUACAGAGUUGUUUCAUUUCUGUCUUUCUACACCUGGUCCUCUGCCUUCCUUCAGUUUUGUGAGGCUAUCAUUCUUGUGGUCUUUGGUGUUCCGAGUGACUCUGUACCACUAUCCAAACCCAACCAAAUCCACCGCUAUUGAGUUGAUUACAACUCAAAAAACAAAAACAAAACACAAAAAAACAAACCCAUUGCCAUCAAGUCGAUUCUAACUCAUAGCGACCCUAGAGGACAGUGCAGAACUGCUCCAUUUGGUUUCCAAGGUGCUCCUAGUGGAUUCAAACUGCAGAGCUGCCCCAUAGUGUUUCCAGGGCUGUAAAUCUUUAUGGAGACAGACUGCCACAUCUUUCUCCCACAGAGUGGCUGGCGGGUUCAAACCGCCGACCUUUUGGUUAAUAGCUGGGCACUUAAACUACUGUACCACCAGGGCUCUUUAUAACCAUAAUUAAGCCUCUUUGGUUAGUCACAGGGUUGCUAUGAGUCAAAUCGACUCAACAGCAACGUGUUUAUGGUUAGUCAGGGUUAUGAAAUGUGGCUGCUUCUGGGCCACCUGGAUAACUAGCUGGAGCAACAGGAUAAUGGAGUUUUCAAUGUCUUCUCUGCAGGACUGACUGACCGGCACUAAAUUCCUGGGCUUAAGUAAAUCUGGAGUUCUUUGACUUAUAAAGGAUUGAGUGUGUAUAGAUCUGAUGGAGGUGGAAAUCACAUUUCCUAUUAAAAUAGAUGGGGACGGUGCUAGAGCGUUUAGGAACACAGGUGAUGGUUCAGCAUUUGCCCCCUAAACUGUGGUGUAGGAAAGUUAGAAUCUCAUGGCUCCUCCUGGGUAAACUGUUUGCCAGAGCUGUGGAUUAAGGAAAAGACAUGGAGGCUCUGGGCCUUAUUCUUUACACUCUACCAAUUUUUUGGGGGGAACAUAAGAUAUGAACCUAGGUCCCUAGUUUGCACUAACCUAAGGGUUGGAAAAAAAAUAAAGGGUUGGUGGUUCGAACCCACCCAGCAGUACCACAUAAGAAAAAGCCUGGUGAUCUGCUUCCAUUAAGAUUAUAGCCAAGAAAACCCUGUGGAGCAGUUCUACUCUGUAACACAUGGGGUCACCAUGAGUUAGAACUGACUCUGUGGCAACUAAUAAAAACAUGCUAUGAACCAACUGAGUCCUAAGGGUAUCUGAGAGCGUUAAAGGGUGGGAGCAUAGCCAGUCCAGCCUCCACUGCCACUCAAAUUGUCUGCUAUGGGGGCCUUGCUUUCUGUUCUUAAUAGGCUCACCACAGGAUGGGGCUGAUCCAAACUUUCAUGUCACUCCCAAGGGGAUUAUAAAUACAGAGCCUGUGGCUUUUCCUUUUUUUAUCAAACAGCUGACCUCUGACACCCAAAGGACAUAAAAACCACUGGUGGGAUCUAGGCAAGCCUUUUCUACUUGAGUUUCAAGGACAUUUCUCAUUUUCUUUAGGCUCUGUAUGUGUGACUGCAGAGGUGGAGGUUAGCUUUGCUAUGGAAGGUGGGUCUCUGUUCCUAAGAGAGUGGAAGCCUAUAAUAUACCGUGUUUUACACAAUCUGCCUCAGUCCGUCCUCACAAUAGCUUGAGGGAGGUGCUAUUUCUUCUAUUUUUUUUUUAUUGUGGUAAAAAUAUACACAACAAAACAUUCGCCAAUCAAUAAUUUCUAAUGUCUAACUCACUGACAUUGAUUACAUUCUUAAUGUUGUGAAACCAUUUUUCUAUCCUUUUGCAAAUUAUUCCACCAUCAUUAACAUAAACUCAACGCCCCCUAAGCAAAAACUGCCCAAAUCCCCCCCUUCCUCCCACCCCUGGUAACUGACGAUAAGCUUUGGUUUCUAUGCAUUUCCUCAUUUCAUAUAAGUGAGAUCAUACAGAUUUAUCCUUUUGCGUCUGGCUUACUUAGCAUGUUUUCAAGGUUCAUCCGUGUCGUGGCAUGCGUCAGGACUUUAUUUUUCUUUAUGGCUGAGUAGUAUUCCAUUGUAUGUAUAUAUCACAUUUUGUUUAUCCAUUUAUCUGUUGAUGGAGAUUUAGGUUGCUUCCACCUUUUGGCUCUUGUGAAAAGUGAUGCAAUGAAUAGUUCCUCUAUUUUUACAGAUAAAGACAACUGAGGUCUUUGAGGCCCCCAGCAUGUCCAUGGCAGAAUUUUUUUUUGAGCUCUGGGUUCUGAGCUCUUUCCAUUACUCUAGAAUUGUCGCUUACUUAAUUAAUGUCAAAACUGCAUUAUCCCAGGGUUCAGAAUUUUUGGGUUGGAUUGCGUGGGAUAUAAAGCCAUGUGAGAAUUAUUUUGGUGAAAAUAUGUAGCACAUAAUUACCUGUGAUGAAAAUGCUAUGAGUUUCUGUAAUACUUUCAACUGAAAGCUAAAUAUUUGUGUUUCAUGGAUUUAUUUUCCCCAGGCUGCAGCAAAACUGUAGGUAAAUAAAUGUACUACCAAGUGGCGAUUGUGAAACACUUAAUGAACUCACUUGCAGUUCUGACAGAAGAUGGCAACCUUCACACUCCUAUUUGAUUUUCAGGUUCUGUUGAUCUAUGUGAGGAAAGCAACAAAGGACAGUGAAAAUAAGCAGAUAUUGGGAAUUUAUAAAGCUUAAAGAGUUUCAGUGGUACAGUGGUUAAGAUCUUGGCUGCUAACCAAAAGGCCAGCAGUUCGAACCCAUCAACCACUCCUUGGAAACCACAUGGGGCAGUUCUACUCUGACCUAUAGGGUUGCUAUGAGUCAGAAGCAACUUGACAGCCAAUGAGUUUUUGUUCUAUCUAUCUGUCUGUCUGUCUACCUAUCCAUCCAUCCAUCCAUCCAUCCAUCAUCUAUCUAUCUAUCUGCCUACAUACCUAAAACCAAAACCAAACCCGUUGCUUUCGAGUAAAUUCCAACUCAUACCGACCCUAUAGGACACAGUAGAACUGCCCUUUAGGAUUUCCAAGGAGCAGCUGGUGAAUUUGAAAUGCCAACCUCUUGAUUAGCAGCCGAGCUCUUAACCACUGCUCCACCAGGGCUCCAUAUAUAUAUAUAUAUAUUUAAAGUGCAAUACUUAAUGACAUCCUUUACUUUUUUUAAUUGUGCUUUAGGUGGAAGUUUACAGCUCAAGUUAAUUUCUCAUUCAAAAAUUUAUACCCAUAUUGUUUUGUGACAUUGGUUGCAAUCCCCACAA